UGGAACUCUAAGUACUGAUGCCGGAGUUCCUGUGUUCCCUUUCCUGUGCCUCCUUCCCUUCCCAUUUUUAGAAAUAUCCUUAAUGAACAAGCUAAGAUUGUCUUGUUCAUUGAGCACAGACCACUCUAAGGAAGGUAGCAAAGUCCAAAAGUAGUGGAUGGGAGAGACCGUAAAAAGCAAGCUGAAUUCAUUGAUAAGGUUUUUCCCCCAAUGUCAUCUGCACUGUAUUUCACCCACAAGGGAAUCCUUUUCCCCAAUAAAGAGUAUGAUGUGGAAACACUCAACUUUGUGGAAAAUGAAUUCCAACUGUUGGACGACGAUGUACUGAAUGUUACUUAUCCUAAAUCAGGUACCAAUUGGAUGCAGGAGAUUUUGGGCUUAAUCUGGCACAAUGGGGACCCAUCAUGGGUUCACAGCUCGUUUGUGUGGGACCGGUCACCAUGGAUAGAAAGUACUCAUGGUAUGAAGAUUGCCCUGGCAUCUCCUCCACCCAGACUCAUGGCUUCUCACAUGCCAUUCCAGCUUUUCCCCAAGUCAUUUCUCCAGUCCAAGGCUAAGGUGAUCUAUACUCUGCGUAAUCCCAAGGAUGUGCUGGUCUCAUUUUACCACCACUCCAAAAUCUUCAAAAUAUUCAAGGACCCUGGAACUGUGGAAGAGUUCUUGGAGGAAUUCCUGAGUGGGAAUGUGGCCUUUGGUUCCUGGUUUGACCAUGUGAAAAGUUGGCUGGAGGUCAAGGGGAGACCCAAUGUCUUCUUCAACAGUUAUGAAGAGCUGCAGCAGGAUCUGCGAGGCAGUGUGGAAAAGAUCUGCCUUUUCCUUGGGAAGGAGCUGAACAGCCAGCAAAUUGAUUCUGUGGUGGAAAAUGCCUCCUUCCAGAAGAUGAAGGACAACCCGAAGUCCAACUUCACCACAGUGUCAGAUGACACUUUAGACCACAAGAAAGGGAAGUUCUUGAGGAAAGGGAUUGUCGGGGACUGGAAGAACCUCCUAACAGUGGCACAGAAUGAACGCUUUGACCACGUUUAUCAGGAGAAGAUGCGGGGAGUGAGUGCGACCUUCCCAUGGGACUGAAGAAGGCCAGACUGCAACUUCUGCUGUUCCGUUUUCUUUCUGUCUGUGCCUCAUAUGGCUCAGGUUCCU